CUAUGAGUGAUAUUAGAGACAAUAUGUGGACAAAAAGCUGAUAUUCGCUCACUCUCGCCUUCUGAUUGGGGACAAAAAGCUCCACGUUAAAUCUGAGGGUUGAUGUUAAAGGAAGGUCAUGAGUGUUCAGGAUAAAAGUCGCGCCGUGCCAUCGACAAACACAAGCGCGCGCGCGUGUGUGUGGGUGUGUUCGUGCAGAGGUGGGCUUUCCUCGCGCUGUCACACCGUGGAAGCGCCUCUUAAACAGCAGACGAGACGACGGAGGAUCAUUUGAGCUGAACGAGGCAGGAAACACCUACUGCGAGCGCAGCGAGCUGUGCAAGCCCUGCAGGUCUCAAUGGACUGGGCCCUUGUUGUACUUUUGCAAGUCAUGUUUCAGCCAUCUCUCUCAGUCUUGUUCACUGUUGAAGCUGAGAGAACCAGGUACGAGUCAGAGUUUGGAGGAGACGUUGUGAUGGGCUGCAGGUUUCAGCCUAAAAAGUCAAGCCCUGGUGACGCCCUGAAGGUAACCUGGCACUGGGUCACCCAGGGCUCGUUCCGGGAAGUAUACCGGAUAGAUAACGGGGUGGAGCAGUUGGCGAACCAGAGUCCGGACUACCGGGGCAGAGCGAGUCUUCUCACCGAGGAGCUGGAGGAAGGCUGGGCCAGGUUACAGAUCUCCAGGCUCAGGAUCAAUGACUCUGGGACCUACCAGUGUUUGGCACAGACAGGAGAUGGAGCUGAUUAUAAAAAGAUAACUCUGCUUGUCAAAGCACCUUAUAAAGCAGGGACUAAACACAUUGAAAAGGCUGCAGAGGGGGAUGAGGUGCAGCUAACCUGCGAGUCUGAGGGUUACCCUCAGUCUGCUGUUACAUGGCAGGAUGGACACCGGCAGAGAAUCAAUCCCAGCACGACUGCUGUGUCAACACCAGACCAGCUUUUUAAAGUCACCAGUGAGAUACGAGUCCGCGCGUCAGACAAAAACAACUACACAUGUAGCUUUGCAAACGAUGGCUACUCUGCAACAUUUCACAUUCCAGAUGAAUUGCUUAUUCCUCGUGCAAAAAAUGAUGCUCUCAUCGUUGUACUGAGCAUAGGAGUGAUAAUGGUUGUGAUUAUUGUAGCGGUGCUCACGUAUCGACGACGAAAAGGGUUCAGCACUCACAGGAACUUUUUGGUCAGCGGUCGAGGCAGAUCUAUUUCUACAGCUGACUGCCUACGAGAAGAAAAAGAAAAUGAGGAAGAGAUAACUGUUUUAAGUGAAGGCCGCAGAGAGGAAAAUCUGGGGGCGUUUGUGAAAACCCUUUAUUCCGACAUCUACCUCAACGCGGAUGCCAGACGUCACUUGGAUGCUUUCAGUGUGGAGGAGCUCUCUCAAAGGCUGCAAAACAAGAGCGGCCAGGCUGUGAAUCUCCAAGCUUUACUCCCUGAAGCUGGAGAGACGCUUCUUCUUGAGGGACCCCCGGGAAGCGGCAAGACAACCACAGCCCACAUCCUGGUCUCUUCUUGGACCGAAGGGCCCGCACACACCCUUGCCAGCGUCAUAGAUCUCAGCACUGUCGCACUUCUUUUAUAUGUCGACUGCGGCAAAGCGAAGGGUAACUUGUUUCAGGAAAUAACAUCACAGCUGUCUCUCGCGGAAAAGAUAUCAACAGAGGACGAGAUGAGGACUCUGUUCACCGGGUCCGGCGAGGUCCUGCUGCUGUUGGACGGCUACAGAGAAGGGGACCAAUUUUUCGACGCGUCCAUACAGAGGUUACUGAGAGAAAGAAGAGGAUGCAGGGUCCUGGUCACGGCCUGCCCGGGACACUGCCCCAUUCUCAAGGGCACAAUUGGGACAGAGGGGGUGCUGGAGCUCCGAACACAAACUGUGAAGGAGUGAGGGCGCAAAACUUUGUUACCAACAAAGACGCCAAGCACUUGUUACAUUUUUAACCAUAGUUUUGUCUGACACUGACUGUGUGUUUUCAGGUUUUGUAGAAGCCCAGAUAUGCUGCAAAAUGCGUGUAUCCAUCAGGACUGCUUUUGUACUGUCAUUUUGAUGAAAAUAUUACAUCUAAUUAUUCUUUUUUUUAACGAGAUUUUUAUUUUUAGACACAGUGCAAUCAGUAAUCCAUCUUAUCUUUGCACACACCAUUCAUGAAAGUCCUGAGAGUGGUUUCAGCUACACAUCCACAUGUGUUUCCAACAGAGCGGAUCGUUGAAACACUUGAUAAACGAUUGCAGUUCUUUCUGUUUCGCUUCUGUGCCCAGGAAAAAAAAAGGUCAUCAUUAAGGUUGUUUUCUAGACUGCAAGCAAAGCAGCAACAGUUUCUGUUUGCUGUUUGUGAAAAGGGAAGUGACUCUAUCAGUAUUCCUGUCAAGAGACCUCCCUGAUUCCAGUAAUGUGAUACAAAUGAUUUUUUUUUAUAUUUUUGUAUGUUCUUCAUUCUCCAGUCAUUGUAGUCUCUUACAUCUCACCCAGUGUAUGAGUCAUUAAGAUUUUCACUCAGUCAGCAUGUUGUCAUAUUUUUCUACUGCACUGGUGAAUCUACAACUGCAGCAUCAACCGCCAGACGUGUUUAAAGAGGAACCUUCAAAACAUGGCUAAUUGUGUGUUCUCGCACUGCAGCUGCUGGACGUGUGUGAAAUGAAAAGCACUGCAGAGGGCAAUGAUCGCCAUGUUGUUAUUUACUUUCUCUCACUCUCUCAGUGUCUUUAUGAGGGUUAAUUGACCUUCUAAAUUGAGAAGUGAAAAAACUACCUGUUACAUGAUUGCCUUCAGAUACACAGUGUGGCUGACAUGUGUUGCAGGUAAUAAGAUGUGAUGCCCAGUGGAGGAUGGAAGGGGCAUGAGGGGGUAUGCUGGAUUCAGGAAACUGUACAGUCAAUGCAUUCCACUUUUAUGAUGAAAGUGUUUGUUAUAAAGCAAGUCUCAAAAUGCUUUUUAAAACCAUGAACAAUCUUUGAAAACUUCAGCUGUGCACAACAUAAACAUGCCUACUUCCAACAAUACUUGGAUAGAAAAAUAAAACCACCCAAAUAAGUUUUAACCCAAACUAAAAAUGUGUCCGGGAGCUCCAGAUGAAGACAUUAAGUCAGAUGAUUGCAGAUGGCCUUGAACAAGAUGAAACAAAAACAGCAAUAUAUUCCUGUUAUUAAUGAAUCCUAAUUAUGUGUGAUAACCUACAUUUGUUACUGGUUCAGUCACGAAUAUCAAACCCAUGCAGCUUUUGUUGACCAAACCUGAUUCAAAGUAGGGCUAAUUUUAAAUUAGGACACAUGAAAACAUGCAUUCUCUUACAUCUGCGGUGUCACAACUAUCAUGACAGACGUUCAGGGCCCGUUAACACCAUUCGGCUGGACAGAAAACCCCUGCAGCUGCAGAGGUUCCUCUCAACAGCCUGGUUUCUAGCCACAGCAGGCAGCUACUUCAGAUAAAAAAAAAACAAAAAAAACCCCAAAACCUCACCAAUCAGCAGACGAACAACAACA